AUGGCACCAAACUACUUGAUCGGAAACAACCUCAUACGCGGAAACGUAAAAUCUACGACAUGGCAAGAGCAGACAUGGCCCAGACACUUGAGAAUACAGGCUGCGACUUCUGAAAACAGCCAAGCUGACAUCGCACUCUCUGAUUCCCUUGUCAGCACAGCCCGGCAGCAGCUGUACCUUGAGCAUCUCUGGGCGGUAAUGCUCCCAAAAGACCAUCAUUUCUUGACAGAAUCACGAUUAUCUGCUCCUGGAUGGUCAGGAUUAGUAUUGAUGUUUUACAACACGGAGCCGAGUCUCAGAUAUGUAACGCUUGCCAUGGCAAUGGCAUGCUUAGCCACUGAGAACAAUGAUGAGCAGCUGCGACUCAAAAGCCUCCAGACGUACAGCUCUGCAGUGCAAAAGCUCGGCUCGGCUCUGAAACAACGACAGGCAUACCAACGGAAUGGCCUGAUAGUAGCCUCGGGGUUAAUGGCGUCUUUUGAACUCGUCUUUGUCCCGAUGGACGAACCAAGAGUCGUGGCCUGGAAACACCAUACCGGUGGUCAACUCGCGUUUUUUCUCAGCAGAGGGCCAAAGUCAUUUCUUUCAGGAGCGGCUCAUCAACUAUUUGUCGAUAGUCGUAUCAACAUGGCAAUGCUAGCCAUUGGCACACGAACCAGAUCGCCGUUUAGCAGCCACGAGUGGAAGAAUAUUCCCUGGGGUACAAAACCAAAGUCGGCAAAGGACAGGCUUGUGGAUAUAAUGCUCGAGAUUCCAACGCUCUUGGAACAAAUCGCCCAGCUCCAGUCCAGCUCUUGCCCCGCCGCAGUAGGAAUUCUUCAACAAAAGGUCCUCGGUCGCUGCGCACAACUUGAAAGGGCGAUGAGGGUUUGGGCUGCCAAGAUGGGCACCGGCAUUCUAAGGUUUGACUAUACAUUUAUGGGAGAGUGCGUGCCGGUACCGCAGACAGAGGACGAGUUUGGUCUCCUGCAUCUCUCCAUCGUAUAUUGGUUUAUCGAGAUGAUGCUCGUAUCCGUUAAGAUAUUUGUAUCCAAGUUGUGUGCUAUGGAGACAGCCGAGGCUAUGAGACAAUUACAGAUGGCAGCCAGAAAGAGUGCGCGCGCCUUGCCACUUCUUUUUGCAUCGUCCGGUGGUCUUGCACAGCGCAUUUCCGGCUUGCUUGCACUCAGUAUUGCUUUGCGAUAUUUUUUAAUUGUAGAAGCACCGGGAGGGAUAAGCGACGAGUCUUGCGUGGUUCAGAGCUUGCUGGACCGGGACCUCAACGGCUCAACGAUUAGAACCUUGUUGACGCGCAUGUACGGGGGGCAAGAUCCCCUGUUGGUAGGGACCGAUUAUGGAGGGUCGCAUUGGCCCGAAAAUGUAUUGCGCUGGUUUUAA